AUGGAGACAUUUACAUAUAAUGAUGAUUAUCAUUCAAAUGAAGUUGAGGUUGAAGAAACAUUUUCUGAUACGGGUGAUUCUAAUGAAGUAUAUCGUGAUAACUAUCAUCCAAAUGAAAUUGAAGAGACAUUUACCGAUAUGAAUAAUGCUGAUGAGGCACAUAAUGAUCAUCCAAAUGAGCUUGGAGUUGAAAACAUACCUGCUGAUAUGGAUGAUGCCGAUGAAGUUGAAAUCUACACGGAGAAAGGAUGGGGCGCUUUAUCAAGACUAUCACUUCCUCACAUUCCGAGAACUGUAUUUCAAGAGUGA